UCCAUUCUACGCGCCCCGUGACUACGAUCCUUUUCCCUCUCGUAGGGAGCAUUGUGUGAUUAACUUUCACGGAUAAGAAAAGGAUCGAUAAUUUCGGAGAAGUUUAUUCUUAAGGGAUGUCGCCUGAUAUGCGAUUAAGACGAAAGAUGCUUCCCGGGAAAUGACAGAGUCGGAAUAGGGAAGGUGACCGGGGCAUCGGACGUAGAUUGAUACGUGUUUGGUCGAUCGUAGUGGGGGGUAGAGACCGGCGCAUGCGCGUUGGUUCGGUAGUGGCCAGCUGUGCGUGGACGUUUCAACGCGGCGCGGCUGGCGGUGGUGGCAGCUAGGAAAGCAAGCGAGCGAACGAGCGAGCAAGCGAGCAAGCAAACAGCCAGAGACUGCCCUCCUGUCUCCCCCACCCCUAGCAUGCCUCGGAGAGCCCAUGGCCUCCGUACACACGGAGGAGAGUGAGGCAGCCCCAGCCGCUCCUCACGUCAUCCGCUGAGAGAGAGACGACGGGCCUCGACACGGCGAGGAGCAAUAAUUCUAACGAGCCAAGAUGGCGGCGGACACGGUGGCCCUGUCCGCGCUCACGCUCGCCAGGGGCGACAAGAUCCUCGUGACCGUCGAGUCCGCGCUGCCGGACAUCGUCGUCGUGUCCUUCGUCCACGGUGCCAAGUGCUUCCAGGGCGCAUUGCUCGACGCCACCAAGAGGGGCCUCCCCUGUGGUGUACAGCCUCCGGAACCGGUGCCAGAUCCCGAUGGCGACAAGCUGGCGACGAUCGCGGCCCGUUUCAGCUACUUUCAGGAGCGAAGUAGCAGCUCGCUGGCCACUGCCAAAGUCGAUCUCCGAAGGAACAUUAACCCGCCAGCCAGGUACAAGAAUGCACGACCGACGGUCAGGCUCAGGCCGCGGCAGGUGCUCUGCAGCAAGUGCAGAUCGAUCUGCAACGAGAACAGCGAGAACGUCGACGUCAGCCGGAAACGGAAGCACGACGAGCACCAGCCGGAGCACCAGCAGCCGCAGCAACAACAGGUGACCGGUCAUGGAUCGACGAGAAGAAGCGAUCGUCGUUGCGGCCAGCAGCCGCAAAAAGCCUCGAGAAUACUGUUCUCCGAAUGUCAGUCUGAAAACAUCACAGAGUCUUCCCAUCAGCCAACAAAAUCCUCGUCGUCGUCGGCUUUGAGCCCCGACUCGUCGAAGCUAGCACCGUCUCUCAUACCCAAAAUCUCGAGACUCCAGCCGAACGAGAUCAAUAACGCCACACAGGGAACCGAAAAGGUGAAGAUCGCCCCGUCCUAUUGGAACAACCGACGGGAAGCAGGUGGAUCUUCGGUGAAUGCGUUGGAGCCGACGGAGGAGCGGAUGGAGUCGACGGAUUGUGACAGUAAUCCGUCGAUGGCGUAUUGUGCCACGCCCAGAAGGCUCAGCAGUUCAUCUGUAGAGAGCGCGAAGAUCCCUGAAGAGGACGAGAAGAAGACGUUCGCGGCGGCAGACUCGACGAUGAGGCCACGAGCGGGACGGGUACCGCGAAAGAAGCGGUCGGUCGGUUCGAUGGAGGACCUCUGGGACGAAACCGUGUUCGAAGAUCCGACCAGGACAGCCAGGACCACGCCGGUCAUUAAAAUCUCGUUUGGCGCGCAAGGGGAGGGCACCGUCCUCAAGAUACCCUCGAAGAUACAAGAUCCGGAGUACGAGCAGGAAACGGACGAGGCGGAGGACGCGCAAAACGAGGCCGAGAGGGACCCGCUGGAGUUGCCCAGAACCUUCGAGAACGAGUACGAUUACCGUGAAGACUGCGAGGAAGAUGGCCAGGAGCAGGUUGAUCCUCAGAAGCAGGGAGUCAAGGACGCCAGCGCGAAGGCAGCGAAGCGGGCGCUGAAGAAGGCCAAGAAGGAGGCCAGGAGAAAAAUGCUGGGAGGUGUUUCACCUGCCAGGUCGCCAUGCAAUGGAUCGCCAAGAUACAAUUCCACCUUCGACAGUCUAUCGUAUCACCGUCGCAAACAUAAAGUGAAGCAUAAAAAGAAACACAAGGAGGACAGGAAGCAUAAGAGUCAACAGCAGGCGCCUCAGCAGCCAUGUCUCGAGACGACUACGGAGAACCAACAGAAUUGGAACGUGUUGCCGGGUAGCGAGUCGUAUACAGCCAUAAAGGAGCAGUGCCUCAAGCAGAAGUUGUCCAUAUCCCUGAAGAGAUUAAAUACAAACGCGUACGCCAGAUGCGACUACCCUGUCAGCAACGCGUCCUCCGGCUGCAAGAGUCCUGGUGCGAGCAGUGACGAGCUCAGCGAACAGGAACCCGAGGUGGAUGCCGGAGAAACUGCACCUGACUUCCCCCCGCAGUCCCAUCCUCUCAUGAUGCGACUCGCUGCAACUCCUGUUGAGCAUUGCCUCACGGCCAACGGCAGAAGAAUGGACGUCGGUGAUGUCGUGUGGGGAAAAAUCCAUGGGUUCCCUUGGUGGCCUGGGAAGGUUCUUAGUAUCACGGUUUCUUGUAAAGAAGAUGGCACUUCAUCUGGACCCCAGGCCCACGUCGCUUGGUAUGGUUCCUCGACGAGUUCUUUGAUGUCGUGUGAUCAGCUGAGUCCAUUUUUAGAGACGUUCAAGACACGGUACAACAAGAAGAAAAGGGGGCCGUACAAGGAGGCGAUACGGCAGGCACAAAACGAGGCCCGAAGUCAGAUCACGCCUAACUCGACGAGCAGCGUGCUAAACGUGUGCGGCUCGCCGCGUGAGGUGAACGUCCUCUCCUAAGGGAAGGUGCGAACGGCCACCUGACACCAUUCCUUUACUGCCGGACCCGUCGGCCAAAACAGAAAAGAAAGAAACAGAAAUCUCUCCCGGCGGGUCGAGAUCGUCGUGUAAUAUAUAGAAAAAGAUUUGUACAUAAUCUAGCGUUAAUGAGACAAAAAAUAGCUCUUUGGAUCGAUGUUCUUAUCAGUCGCGUGAUGCUGUUUCCGUGAUCAGUCAUUCGCGAUGGCCCACGGGAACCCGCAGAAGCGAUUUGACUCGCAAAACAAAACGGAGAUAAAAACCCACAAAAAAAUAAGGGAGAAAAUGAUGAAGAUGAAGAGAAGGGACGAUGAAGUUGACUGCCAUCACUGGCGCGUUUUUUUAUCCUCGGCUUUUGGAGCGAAACAUUUAGCGUGUAAGGAAGUAUUUAGAUAGGCUAUAUCUAGGUGAUAAUAAUGUGUCGGCUCUCGAGUAUAAUUUUUUUCGUAUUAAAAUGUGACUCGUUCGAUGGCUGGGACACGGGACGCCGUCGCCGUUCGGUGGUUGUCGGCGUGCUCGUGCUACUUAAAAAUUCUUUAUAUACAUACAUACACAUAUAAACAUAUAUAUUUGUAUUACGACUUCAUUGUGAUCAUUGUCGGAAUAUAUUCUUCGAGCUGAUCCAGUGCGGGCAGUGAAUCUUCGAUGCAACAUGUCUGCCGGGCGUUGCCGGAUCAUGCGGUCGUUGAUGAGUUACUCGAUUGUAUCGUAUAGCAUGAUUGAACUGCGGGUCUCAUUCGUUCACACUCUAAAAUUACUAGAGCAAUUCAAUAAGACAUAUAUUUUCGUUGCAAGAACGUGCAAAUUCUGACAAAAUGAAACAAUUAACUGAAAUUGAGUAAGAUUCGGUCUCUUAAAAAUGAUACGAUUAUUGAACAUUGUUCAGCGGUGUCCAUUGUAAUUUCAUUUUGUGAACGCAUAAGUUUCCGCAGUCUAAUGACAACACGAUUGAAAACAGACAAUACCUUUAACGAGCGACGUUGCGGCGAUUUUCAUGGUUAUUUGAUGAGGAUUGCAGAGUGUCUGCGGGCGUUUUAGUUACAGAUCGAACACAGCUUUAAAAAAAAAAACUUUAGACUUCUAAGCUGAUUCUGGCAACUGGAAUUAGAUAGAAAUCGGAAGGAGUUGGACAUUGUAUAGUUUAUAGUUUAUAGAAGAGUAUAAUUACUUCGAAAUUUAUUAUUUCUUUUUUAAGCGAGUAGAAAGGUAUUUAGUUAUCGCAGACGAGACGUGCAGAUUUCGCCGUUUGUGAUCUGCGGUUGUUGUUUUAUCAGUGAGGACUGUCCACAAAAAAGGUCACUAACUGUGGUACUAAUUAUUUUCGCAGUGCGACGGAGUCGGUGAGGAAUGACAGAUUAUUUCGAUGACAUUAUUUUCUACGGGGCAAAUCGUUAAUCAAGGACAACGGUAUGUUGAAAGUUUAACGUAGCACGAAAUGGCAUUAAACCGAACAAGUGACAUAUGCAACAACUUAGGUAGCAACCUGUGAGCAAAAGUACUUUUAUAUUUUGUAUAUUUAUGUGAAAGAACCACGCAGCUGUUGGUAGUU